UUUUGAAUGCUCAAGUAGACUGAAAUGGAAAACAGUGAAUCCAAGCGUACUUGUAUUGCGUACUUAAUUUAAUAAAUAAGAAGAUGCAAACGUUUUAUUUGUUUAUCUACAUUUCUUUCAUAUUAAAAGAAGGUGAAAGUCUUCGUUGCUUUGAUUGUGACACUGCCAAAGAUACGCGGUCAUGUGAGAAAAGUAAACAGAUCAUUGUUAAUUGUAGCAUCACAAAAGAAGAAGAACCGUAUAUAAGAUGCAUUCAAAUCAAUUACUCAAAAACUACAGGUGGAGUAAUAGAACAAUUUACACAAAAGCAUUGUGGGAUUGACCACGAAGAAUUAUUUGGUUGUGAUUCGUAUUGCGCUGGCCCGUUUUAUUUUAACUAUACUGACUGCCAGUCUUCGUGCUGUAGCUUUGACCUAUGCAACGUGGAAAACACCAAUUCUCUCUUACGUACCAGUUUAGUUAGUCAUGCAAUCGUAAAUAACAUUUACACAAUUCUAAAGAUUUUACCUUUUAUAAACAUGUUUGCUAUUUCGUUGCCAUAGUAAAAUAAAACAAAAGUUUAUUUAAAAAAAAAGAGGAAAGUUAUGGUGUUAAAUACUGAAAAAAUAACUCCAAAAUUAAUGAUAAAUGGUACACAUAAACUUGGUAUAAUUGUAAAAAGGAGGAUACUUUAAUGGAAUCAAACUUGCUUCAACAAAAUGCAAUCCCAUAAAAAUAAGGCAGAUUAUCAACCUUAUUUAUGAAAAAAUAUUUUUGGUUGAAACAAGACAUUCAUUGCUAACCUGAAAUAUCAAUCAUUGAAAAAUCAUUGGAUGCUGACAUAAAGAGUUUUAAAAAAAUAUGCUUUCGAUAAAUUAAAAUUCAAAGAAUUGUUUUAUUUUAAGCUUUACUUCAUUCAAACAGCCGUGAAAUAAAAAUCAUUUAGAUUCUUAAAGAAAUUAACGGUUUUACUCUUUUGCUUAAUAAAAGAAAAUGAAACUUUAUAUACUUUAUAUUUAAUGUGAAAAAUUGACUGAAAAAAUUUUUUCAGAGACUCCAAGAAAGUAAAAACUUCAAACACUACAUGGUGU